UUGAUGCGCAUAAAUCGAGCGUCAAAUGUCGUUGCAGUUAUUUACUCAUUAUAAUAAUCGACUUUAUCUAUAAAAAAGCCUUUAAAAAACAAUGAAUCAUUUGCGGACAAAUGAAAUUCAUUUUCACAUGAAAUUUUGAACAAAUUAAUGAUUGUGAUAUUAUUGUGAUUUAUUUUUUAUCAGUUUAUAUAACCUAGUUAUUAUCAACAUUUCAAGUAAAUUCUUCGUGACAACUCUAAUAACACGAUCAUACGGAAUCAUAUUUAUUGAACCUCACGAAAAAAGAAUAAAAAGUACUAAUCAAUUUAUUGAAAUGGGUGGAGCUUAAGAUUCAGGAUCUCAUCAUUAAAGAACCACUUGAACGAGUUGAAUAAAAUUGAAUUGAAUACUUGCAAAAUCAUAAUUAAAGAUGUUGUAAUUUUCUUUGGAUUUACUCUUGAAGGUUAUAGCAGCCUUCAAGGUCUUAUUAUGAAAUACUGACUCUCUCUCAAUAUUGCUCUGUGAUUAUUAGUUUUUCAAACUUUCUCUUCAAUAUCACUAAUAAACCAUUUGCUAAUUUCUUUGACACAUCAACAACUUGACUAGAAUUACAUGGAAACAUCAAGAAAAAGGGGAUAAUGGCCGAGAGCAUGGUUACACCAUCAGUUAAUGGAGAAGAAAUGAUGGAAGUUGUGAUUGAUGGUGAUGAUAUCGAUGAGGAAGAGUCAGAUGGUGUGAUAGUCCCGGAACUACAAGGUACUCUUUCCAAAUGGACUAACUACAUACAUGGCUGGCAGACACGUUUUAUUGUACUGAAAGAUGGCACGUUGUCUUACUACAAAUCAGAACAUGACAGUGGUUUUGGUUGUAGAGGUUCAAUUAGCCUCUACAAAGCUGAUAUUAAGGGUCAUGAAUUUGAUGAAUGUCGAUUCGAUGUAUCUGUGAAUGACGGACUUGUUUGGUAUCUUCGAGCUAAUUCUCCUGAAGAAAAACAACGCUGGGUUGACGUACUCAAAUCGUACAAAGCCGAGUCUGGAUAUAGCAGUGAAAAUAGUUUGAAAAGACAUGGUAGCACGGUAUCAUUGAUAUCGAACACACAGUCUAUAGCUAGUGGAGGAAGUUUGAGCAAACGAGGGUCAAGAAAUUUGAAAGAAAAACUCGCUGAGUUGGAGACUUUUAAAGAUAUUUUGAGCCAACAAGUAGACACUUUGCAGAAAUAUUUUGAUAACUGUGCUGAAAAUGCACGCAAUAUAUCAGCUAAAAAUACAACAGAUAAAAACGAUACAAGUUUCGAUCCUGCAUUACAAUCGAUCGAUUUUAAAGGCGAAGCAAUUACUUUUAAAGCAACAAGUGAAGGAGUACUUGCUACUCUACAGCAUUGCGUCGAAUUAAUGAGCCAACGUGAGGACGCUUGGCGUCGUAGAUGGGAAAAAGAGAUGGAAAGAAGAAAAAAAAUGCAAGAACUAUAUAAAGCAUUGAAAGAUCAAUUAAAUGUACAUCGAAAUGACACAACAAGGCCUAGAGUUCUAAUUCAUGGUGGUCCAGAUUAUGAAGAAGGCCCUCACAGUGCGUUAUGUGACGAAGAAUUUUAUGAUGCAGUGGAAACAGGUUUAGAUAAGAUUGAAGAAGAAAAUCAGCUACGAGAUCGUUUAAAGCAAAAAUCUGUAUCAAUUUCUACCAAUCCUCCUGCAACUUCUGCAACAAAACAUAAACUAUGGCCUGAGAUUGAGAAAGUUACAAUGGAACAAUUGCACUAUGCACGUCUAGGUGUCGGAGGAACUGGUGGAUGGCAAUUAUUUGCUGAAGAUGGAGACAUGCGUAUGUAUAGGCGUGAAGAAGAAGCUGAUGGACUAGUUGUUGAUCCCCUUAAGGCAUGUCACGUCGUAAAAGGUGUAACAGCUCGAGAAGUUUGUGAAAUAUUUUUCAGCCCAGAAUACAGAAGUGGCUGGGAGGCUACUCUCGAGGAUAUGACAGUUGUGGAAACAAUAUCUAGUGAUACAUUAGUGUUUUUACAGACACACAAACGUAUUUGGCCAGCCAGUCAACGUGAUGCUCUUUUCUGGUCCCAUAUGCGUAGUGUUGUUGAUGAACAAGAUCCAGAUGCAUCAGAGUUAUAUAUUGUUUGCAAUCACAGUACUGAACAUCCAGAUUAUCCUCCAAAUUCUGGAAAAUGUGUCAGGGUUUAUUUGACAGUUUGCCUCGUUUGUCAGACUUUUGUUGAUCCACCAAAGGAUCCUAAAAAUAUAACAAGGGAUGAAAUCACGUGUAAAAUAACAUAUUGUUCUGUGGUGAAUCCUGGUGGUUGGGCACCAGCUUCAGUACUUCGAGCAGUUUACAAACGCGAGUACCCGAAAUUUUUAAAACGCUUUACAAGCUUUUGCAUUGAGCAGUGUAAAAAUAGACCGAUAAAGAUUUAAUAAAUAGAAAAAGAAAAAUUUUAAAAAACAAAAAAAUCAUUAUAUAUGUAACUUUUUUUUAAAACUAUUAACAAUUUGGAUAUUGUAAACAUAAGAAACACUUUUAUCUGUAUUUUUACUGGUCUCAUUUACAACUCAGUCAAAAAUUUCAUGAGUACAAAUUGUACGAUUUAAUACUUGUCUAUCAAUUAGUUAAAAUGGACAAUGAAUGUAAUCGAAAUGCUUAGAUGACUAUAACUGAUAACAAAUCAGGUGAUAAAGGAUGUUAUACCACUCGUUUAUCACUAUGAACAAACGAAAUUACCUGGCUUACUCGAUAAUUCACCACUAUUGAGUGUUAUUUGAUUAGUUAGAAUACGAAGAUGUACAAAGUUUAAAUGUGCAUAUACUUCUUAUUCACUGUUGCAAUCUGCCAGUUACUUUAUGGGAAUCUAUAUAACAGUGGUAUAUAAAUAAUAUUGUUAUAAAUAAUCUUUAUUUAUACAAAAAAGGAAAGAGAAUUAUGUAAAGCGAUGAAAUGAAUGAAACUCAAUAAAGACUGUUGUAGAUUUAUGGAGGAAUAUAAAAAAUCAUUGGUUUUGUU